AUCGGUCAGAUUCCCCCACCACCACUGCCACUCAUUUCUCUUACUUCCUUUCUUCUUUUUCUUCUUCUAUCCACUCUUUCUCAAGAGAGUGGAGAGAAGGAAUUUUAAUUUAAUUCUUGGUUUUAUACGUUUUGUUCCCUCCACCAUCUCUGUCUUCUUCUUUCUUCUUUGUUUGACCCCUUCAAUUUUGUUUGUUUAACCAUUCUUAUUCAACAUUAAUUCUUCAUUUUACGUGCAACAAAACAAGUUGCAAGUAAACUUGUCAUGGCUAUUUUCACUCACAAUUACCAUUCUUUUGCUCAGCUAGUCAUCCCGAGCUUCAUUCUUCUGUUCGUUUCAAAAGGUGUUGAAGCUAACAAAUUCACAUUCAUCAACAAAUGCGAUUACACAGUGUGGCCAGGGAUUCUGGGCGCUCCAAAACUAGACAGCACAGGCUUUGAACUCCCCAAAGGUACUUCUCGUUCUUUCCAAGCACCAACAGGUUGGUCAGGGCGUUUCUGGGGCAGAACUGGCUGUAAUUUUGACGGCUCAGGCCACGGCACCUGUGCCACAGCCGACUGUGGCUCUGGCCAAGUAGAAUGCAACGGAGCUGGAGCUACCCCACCGGCCACCUUAGCCGAGUUCACACUUGGCUCUGGCUCUCAAGACUUCUAUGACGUGAGUCUUGUUGAUGGUUAUAACGUACCCAUGAUUGUUGAGGGGAAUGGAGGAUCAGGUGCAUGCGCCGCCACUGGAUGUGUUACAGACUUGAACCGAAGCUGUCCAAAUGAACUGAGAACGGAGGGGGGAACCGCUUGUAGAAGUGCUUGUGAAGCGUUUGGAAACCCAGAAUACUGUUGCAGCGGCGCGUAUAAUUCACCAGCCACCUGUAAACCCUCUAUGUACUCAAUUGUUUUCAAGACCGCGUGUCCCAAAUCUUAUAGCUAUGCAUAUGAUGAUGCCACGAGUACCUUUACGUGUAGCGGUGCGGAUUAUACCAUUACAUUUUGUCCUACUUCUCCAAGUUUAAAGUCAGCAAGUAAUUCACCUCCAAAGGGAACAGAAACAACAGAUGAACCAGAAACAGGAUCAGGACCUGUUGAGGCAGCUUCAUUUGCAAGUUCAUGGUUGGCAAAUUUGGCCAUUGGAGACUCAACAAGAGUCCACCCCCCUUGUUCUUCUCUUCAAUAUGGUUUAGUUGUUGCCAUUUCUCUCAUUAUCUCAUCUCACAUGUGGUGGUUACUGUGAUUUGGAGAGCAGAGGAAAAGCACCGACUUUGAUUUUGCCUAGCUAGGGAAAAAAAAAUGACAAAAUCCAGAUAGUAAACAACCCACUUCCAAAUCCAGAAUAUUUUAAUGUUAAAUACUUUUAUUAUUAGCAUUAAUAUGUAAAGCAAAGCAAUGGUUUCUUUUUAGUAAUAGAAGGUGUUUUAUUUUUUCCA